AUGCGCGCGCAGAGUCUGCUCAACGCGGCCGCGGCUCUCCUCGUUGCCUACAUUCUCUUCGUCUACACCAGCCGCGACAAUAUCGAGCUGCAGCACCGCAUGGAAGGCUACCACUACGUGACCAACGAGACCCAGAAGCUGCUGGCCGAGGCACAGAAGGAAGCAGCACGCGUGAUGGUGGCACAGGCAGAGGCGCAGCAGCUGGGUGGGCAAGCAACCACAGGCGUACUCAUGCAGUAUGGCGUGGCGCUGAAGGAUGGCGACGAGGGCCUUGCAGCCAUUAUUGAGUAUGUGCACCAGUACCGACAGCUGGUUGGUGACAGUCAUCAGCAGCGUGACGUACGUGCGGAACCAGCGCCUUUCGCGGCCUCCGAUCGCGCGCCAGUGCGCGCGCACGUCUUUCUGGCGGCAGACAAUGGCACCUACUCUGGCAUGCACGAGCUUUUCUACAUCAGGGCGGCCAUGCGCUACAGCAGCGACCUGCAGGUGGAGGGCUGCCGCUCAGCUGUUUUCGGCUUUCUCGAGAAGCCUGUACGCAACCCGGUGAGGUGGGGCACGCAUAGCCAGCGGCGCACAGCGAACGAGAGUGUGGUGCGCGGGCUGCGCAUGGUUCCAGUUCUGGCCGUAACCACCGGCAUCUACGUGACGAGUGCCGCCUCGUGCACAGCUGCCGUGAUGGAGCUCCCCAUGUUCAGCGUGCAGAGUGUGACACUGAUCGGCACGGCAGGCGUAUCGCCUGUGGUAGGCGGUGGUGGCUGGAAUCCGCACGUACCGCCCGCGGCGCCUGUGGGGGAGUCGGUGGAGGCAAGCGAGGUCGCCGCAAACCCUGCCUGCCAGCGGCACUGGGCGCCAGACUCGGAGAAGGUGGCUCUUGGCUCUGUUUGUGUCACGUACGCGUCGCUGCAACAGGAGUGCGGGCUGUGCGUCGAGGAGGAUGACCUCCCGUCGCUCUGCUCGCGACCGCGCUGCCGGAUGCAGAACUCCACCACCCUCUUUGGCUCCUGCGCCUUUCGUCACCCCAUGUCGUCCUUUGCGAUGCAGAUGAAGAACGCCAUGUACGGGAAACCGUUCCCCAGCCCCUCCCCCACGGUACUCAAGGCGAUGCAGUUGUUCUGGAAGGCUAACGAGGCGGUCACUGACUACGUCGCUGCCGUGGAGGACACGAAGACGGGCCUGGGCAGGAGUGUGCGCGUGAGCACCGCCGGUAGCGACCCGCCAGCGAGCGCCUCGGAGGCGGUGCUGUCGUACAACCGCCUACCGCCCAGCACCCCCAUCCUGCUGAACUGUGCAGAGGUGUCGACAAGUCAGAUUCUCGCCGGCCCGCGCUCCGACGUGCUUUGCCGGCAAUACACGGAGGAAGUGUUUCAGGGUCUGUACGCCGCGAAGGACCUUUCGUGCGUGCAGGCAAUGGAGGGGAUGGGUGUGCUGCACGUCCUCACGACCGAGUACCCCUUUUUGCCUGUUGCCAUCGUGCGCGGGGGCUCCAACUACGACAUGUUUCCCCUCUCCCGCCACGUCUACCGCCUCAACCGCACCGUCACGCGCGGCCAGCGGUCGAACAACGACUGGUACGUUGCGUGGGACCAGAAGGAGCACUACCUCAGCGACGACGAGUUCCACCGCUAUACGAGGGCGUCGUACCAGUACUCUAUCGAGACGGCGAGCGCGGUUGUGCUAAACUACUUCCUUAAUGCGGAGACGGUGCUGCCUGGCAUGUGA